AUGGCAACAAAAGCAAAUAUAAAUGAUUUAAAAUGUUAUAUAUGUGGAGAAAUUUAUACAAAUCCAAUUGUUGUUUGUUCAUGUGGUCAUUCAUUUGAUCGUCAAUGUAUUCUUCAAUAUGAUCGUUGUCCAAUAGUAUAUUGUAAUGCUCCUGUAUCUCAAAAUUGCUUAUUAGAAAAUGAUGAUAUUAAAAAACUUGUAGAUGUUUAUUAUCAAUCAAUGAAAAGUACUUAUGAAAUAUUCUUGUUAGAUCGAAGUGUAUCAAUGUGGUAUUCAGAUUCUUUGACUGGUCUUUUUGGUGCAAGUAAAUUUCAAAUAGCUAUUCAAUUUUUAAAAGAAAUUUUUCAACGAAGAUCAAAAUUAACUAAAAAUCAAGUCUCAUUAAUAACAUUUGAUAAAUAUCCUGAAGAACAUUUUCCAUUUGAAACUGUUCGUCAACAUCAUUUAGAAAUUCUUGAAAAAUUUCAACCAAAUGCUUUACAAGCAAGUUUAUUUGAUGCUAUGAAAUUUUCUUUAGAAAAAUUUGAAAAAUUAAAUCAAAUUCUAAUUAGUUCUACAAGAAAAUCAAUUUAUAUUGUUACUGAUGGUAGUGAUGAUUUUAGUUCAAGUGGAAAUCAAAAACAUUAUAUAAAUUAUAUUAAAGAACGUACUAAAAAGUUAUUUAUUCUUGGACAUAUAAUUCAAGUUGGACAGAAAAAUAUCGCUCAAACAAAAUAUCUUUGUGAUGAAAUCAAUUAUCAAUAUCAUAAUUUCAAUAGUCUUAAUAUACAAGAAUUUAUUCAUUCAUUUUUAUUAUCAUCAAAUAUUCCUUAA